UUUUAUAAGAAAUAUGUCGGGGGGUGCUUUCUUAGGGCGGGGAGGCGGAGGAAACCUCUGAACAUUUGAACAUUUUGGAGAGGUUAUUCCGAAAGAUACUCUCUUGGCAGUUGGGAAUGUUCAGGGCCAUCACGAUGACGCGCUCUCGGCUCUGUGGGCAACUGAGAGUUGAAUGUCUUUGGCCCUGGUACAGUUGGGGUCCGGGAAAUACCUAAAGGCUGGCCUGGCUUUGAUUAACCCCCGCCCCGGGUGAGGGACCCCAGGCUGUUGGGUGAGUCGGGGGCGGGGGGCUCAGCCCCUCGGUGGAUGUCAAAAGGUUCCUGUCUUCCCCAGGCUCGCGCGCGCACGCACGCACGCAAGGCGGCCACUGAGGCAGCGCGAGGGAAAGUGGGGCUCCGUAUCCCCAUCCCCGAUAUACCAUCCCCCGGGAUGGCCAACGUUCCCCCCGCCCCUGGGGGGGAAGGCAGAGGUUUCCCUGUGGAACGCGGGUCCUACACCUAGACUGUCAGAACUGACAGGGGCGGGUGGCGGGUCCCGCGCAACUUCCAAGGUUCCCGGGGCUGCCAGCCUCAGGAAAGCGCUGGGGUAGCCGAGCAGCUCUAGAGCUAAGGACGAUGGUUUGCAGAGGAAAUGGGUUAUUUCCUUCUGGGUUGUUUUCAUUGCCUCCACCCCAGCAGACAGGUGAUCAAAGUUUGUUAGGUAAAAUGUCACCGAACUCGGGGGGCGUCAGUCUUGGAAAAAGCUCCCGAAAUCCAACUGGGGAAGAGCAGUUACAACUUGUCAACCUGGAAGCCGGUUGUUUGCACAGCCAGCUUCUCCGUGCCAGCUUCCACCGUGGGAUUAAGAUUUCUCUGUGAUCUUACUGUUUUUUGUAAAUCACGGUAAGAGGGGUGUCUUGUUGCCAAACCCUUAUGCUGGAAUCUCUUUCGAUGCAUCUCCCCAUGUCCCAAGCACUAGUGUGAGGCACUUUGGGGAUGAACACCAAAUGAUACCGGUAAAUAUAGUAGAAACACCUUUUCAUGUAAUUAAGCGAAGGGCGUCCAAGAUAGACUGACCGUAUGUAAACAAACCAUGCAGCCAAGUGGAAAAACUCUUAAAGCGUACUACUAACCCAGAGUUUUCUCCCUGUGGUUUCCUAAAACAGGACUUUUCCUCAGAGGAACUCCUUAGGAGGACACUUAAAUUAGGGGCUCGGGUUUCAACAUCAUAGUCUUGCAAAAUGGAUGAAUUGGUGGUAGUCAGUGAUUCAACGCUGCCGAGCCAGCGUCCAGAUUAAGAAUGACCCAAAAGAAAUCAAACCCUUGUUCCAGAGUCAAUGUGUAUACUCAAGUGCCUGACGGAGGAUGGGGCUGGGCAGUAGCUGUUUCUUUUUUCUUCGUUGAAGUCUUCACCUAUGGCAUCAUCAAGUCAUUUGGCGUCUUCUUUAAUGACUUAAUGGACAGUUUUGAUGAAUCCAACAGCAGAAUCUCAUGGAUAGUGUCAAUAUGUGUGUUUGUCUUAACGUUUACAGCUCCCCUCUCCACAGUCCUGAGCAAUCGCUUUGGACACCGGCUGGUAGUCAUGGCAGGAGGAGUACUGGUCUGCACCGGGAUGGUGGCAGCCUCCUUCUCACGACAGGUCCACCACAUGUACAUCUCCAUUGGGAUUGUCUCGGGUUUGGGGUACUGCUUUAGUUUUCUCCCAACUGUCACCAUUCUGUCACAGUACUUUGACAAAAGACGCUCAGUCGUCACUGCUGUUGCUUCUACAGGAGAAUGUUUCGCUGUGUUUGCUUUCGCACCAGCCAUCACAGCCCUGAAGGAGCACAUCGGCUGGAGGGACAGCCUCCUGUCCGUGGGCCUCCUGCAGUUGAACAUUGUCGUCUGCGGGGCACUGCUAAAACCAAUUAUUAUCAGAGGACCAGGGUCGCCAAAAACAAUGACUUACGAGCAGCGCAAAGAAGUGCAGUACAUGCUUGAAAAUGAGAAAACACGGACCUCAAUAGACUCCAUCGACUCAGGAGUAGAGCUAACUACCUCACCCAGAAAUGUGCCUAGUCACACAAACACGGAGCUGGAGCCCAGGGCGGACCAGCAGCAGACCCUGGUGGACGGUGCCCCGCACAGCGGGAAGAGCGCCCCACUGUUAGACUUCUCUGUCUUGAAAGAGAAGAGCUUCAUUUGGUAUGCACUGUUUGGUCUCUUUGCCACACUGGGAUUCUUCGCCCCUUCCUUGUACAUCAUUCCUCUGGGCAUCAGUCUGGGAAUCCACCCAGAUCGCGCUGCGUUUUUAUUAUCUACCAUGGCGAUUGCUGAAGUGUUCGGAAGGAUUGGGGCCGGUCUCAUCCUCAACAGAGAGCCCAUCCGCAAGCUCUACAUCGAGCUCAUCUGUGUCGUCUUACUGACCGUGUCUCUCUUUGCCUUUCCUUUUGCUACGGAAUUCUGGGGUCUCAUGUCAUGCAGUGUGUUUUUCGGGCUCAUGGUGGGAACAAUAGGAGGGACCCACAUCCCGUUGCUGGCUGAGGACGACGUGGUGGGAAUUGAGAAGAUGCCUUCUGCUGCUGGAGUCUACGUCUUCAUUCAGAGCAUAGCAGGGCUGGCAGGGCCACCCCUGGCAGGUCUGCUGGUGGACCAAAGCAAGAUCUACAGCAGGGCCUUCUACUCCUGCGCGGCUGGCAUGGCCCUGGCUGCCGUGUGCCUCGCCCUGGUGAGACCGUUUAAAAAGGGACUGUGCCAGCAUCGUCGUUCAGGUGACACAAAGACGGGGAGCCAUCGUGGGAAGACGUUACAAGACAUACCCGAGGACUUCCUGGAAAUGGAUCUUGGGAAGAACGAGCACAGAGUUCAUGUGAAAAUGGAUCCAGUAUGACACAUUUUCACAUAGCAAACACAGCAUUGGUUGGGAGGGGGGAAGCCAGAGGACACGGAGAGGUAGAGGCGUUAACCACUCCACUUCACUUUCAAAAUGCAUUUUAAAGUGAUGUGUAUGUGCACAGCACUACGACAUCUUUUCUUCCCUAAGGUUUCCUUUUUGCUUGCUUUUUUAAGCCAAAACAAAAACAACACUUUUUCCAUAUAUAAAUCUGGCCCUAUUCAGUAGCAAUACAAAGAUACACAGAAGGACUCCUUGAUUCACAUUCCAGUAUUAAAAUAGUGACAUGAAUUAGCAAAGUGAUCUUAAGAGCACACACACGUGACAAACCACACCUUACAAAAUGACAUCCAGUCCAGGUCAUGGGAUAAAAUUGGCCGUUCCAAUUAAGAGCCUCUUGGAUCAUUUAAAAAAUUUUUUCAUUUUCAGAAAUACGAGUAAGUUUGUUUUUUGAACAACUUCAAGAAUACUGAGGUUUCCAUUAACAAGUUAUGGCCUCUGAAUUUUCCAAAUAUUGCAUGGGAAUGAAGCACAGUUUAAAACCAAAAUAUGCAACAGAUAUUUUUAAAUAUAUAACUUGAACUUCAUAAAUGUGAAGAUUACCACUUCUUUUUUAUGGACAGUCAUCACCAGAAGUAUUUCAGUACAGAAUAUACAAAAUUGCAUUCAAAGAUGUGUUUCCUGUUGCUUUGAAUUUUUCAGAAAUAUGUGAUUGUAGUGUCUUUAAU